AUGAUCCAUGCUGAGGAACAAUCGUUUCGCUCAAAUGUCCUGACAGGGAAAGAAGACCAACCGGUGUCAGAUGAGGCAACUGAGAAACCCAGCACGUCCACGUCUACACAAAGGAUUAAUUUCAUUAAUGCUCCUCAACGUGCCAAACAACAGAACUUAACGUAUGCGGAGGUAGUAGAACAGCAUCUAGCUUCAAGCACAACGGCUAAAAAUAGUGAAAAAGUGACAUUUCGUCAAAAGCAAGGAACAGUAAAGCAAUCUCAAGAAUGUAACAAUGGAGUAACUGGUAACUCAAAUAAUGAAUUCACUGGAGUUGAGCGUAAGCGGAAUAAAGUAAAAAAAAACAUCUAUGUGAAGAAAUAUCAGGACGAGAUUGAGCGAGGCCUUUCAGGCUGUUCAUGGACAGACCAAUCCCUCGACUCAAUCGCAAGCAUUGAGAAUUAUGUUCAGAAGAUAACAUACAAUCUGAAAACGGCAGCGCUCUCGUCAAUGCCAAUUAAGAAGUCUAAACCAUUACUGAAGCGUUACUGGAAUACAAACCUGUUAGCUUUGAACAAAAAGUUCAAAUUAUGCAGAAGAACCUGGCUAAGAAAUGGUAAACCUAGAGGACGAAAUUAUCAGUCCUAUAUUGAAUACAAAAAUCUUAAACGUGAUUUUCGUAAAGCACAGCGGAGAGCAAUUUAUGAUGAAGAAAUGAAGGAUCUAGAAUAUUUAGAAAAAGAACAUGACAUUGACAGAAGUGACUUCUUCAGGAAAAUUUCCCGCAUGACUAAGCAAUCACAAAACACAAAUGAUGCCUUACUCGUUGAUGGUAAACGCAUAGAUGUCGAACAGGAAUUACUUAGUAUAUGGCGAGAGCACUAUGAAGACCUGUAUACUCCAAAAAAUAAUCCUGAUUUCGAUAAAAACUUCAAAAUGCAUGUCGAAGAAAGUCUUCACAAUAUCGAAGAAGAAAGUUAUUGA